CAGGUCUGGUGCUCUUCGUCGCUGUCACGGCCGUAUGCGGCACCCAGGAGGGCCUUCCCGUGGACGGCCAGGGACAGCAAGUGAGCCAGUGGGUCCCGACCUGGAGCUCGCCCUGGAGCCCCCUGACGCCGGACGCCGAGUUUACGCCCGCGGCCUCCACGGGCUCCGCAGCGGCGUCGGGCCCCGGGCCACCUGACCAGCUGGACCUGGACCUGCUGCAGCGCGACCUGCAGCGGGACCUGCAGCGCGACCUCCAGGACGGCGCCGUCGUGUCCAGCCGGCGGGGGUCGCGGCGGACGGGUGCCUCGCGCCGCAGCCGCCUGCAGGCCGCGGGCGUCGCGGUGGGCGGCGGCGGCCCCGGCGGCCGGGCGCUCGCCGUCGGCCGCGACUACAUGCCGGACGACUCGCUGUGGUCGCCGGGCGCCGCGUCCGCCGCCGAACCCCCGCCGCCGCCACCGCCGUCGCCCGCCCGCGGCGAGGGGCGCAGCAUCGGCGGCGGCGUGGCGCAACAGAGCGUCCAGGACGCCGUCGGCCAGGGGCGCAUCAUGGGUGGAGGCGCGGCGCACCAGAGCCUCCAGGACGCCGUCGGCCAGGAGCACACCAUUGAUGGUGGCGUGACGCACCAGAGCAUCGAGAACGCCGCCGGCCAGGGGCGCAUCAUCGUCGGCGGCGGCGUGACCCACCAGAGCCUCGAGGACGCCACCGGCGCAGCGGCCGCCCCCGAGGUAGUGGUCGUCGUGCACGAGAAGGACACGCUGCCAGACAAGUCGCACAAGCCGCGGCCGCAGCGGCAGGCCGCGCUGCAGUCCUGGUGGGACGCGGUGGCGGGCGCGGCGGGCGGCGGCGGCGGAGGGGACGCCUUCCCGCAGUCGCGCAGCCCCGAGGGUCUGCCGCGCGCCGAGGCCGGGCGCGACCUGUUCGGCCCCGACCGGCGCCAGACCCUGGCCACCAUCUCGGAGACCCUGGGCGCCAUCAACACCGUGGGCCGCUACCUCGUCAACUACACCCGGGGCAACAGCAGCGGCGGCGGCGGUGGCGGUGGCGGCGGCGGCGGCCUCGGGGGCGGCGGUGGCCUCGGGCUGGCCACCACCCUGCUGGGCACCCCGACGGUGCUAUCGGACGGCACGGAGAACACGGACCAACGGCGCCCCGGUCGCUCCGAGGACCUCCCCACGGCCAUCUACACCAUCAGCAAGAACGUGCUGGGCCGGAACGUGACGGACCAGUUCGCGCCGCUGGUGCGCGUGGUGGGCGCGCCGCUGGUCACCAUGACGACGGGCAAGGUGGUGACGGCGGACCGGCCGCCGCCGACCAUCCUCCGGCCCGUGUCCGCGUCCACGCAGCUGGCGCCCGUCACGUCGGCGCCCGCGCCGGCCGCGCCCGCCGCCCCGGCCGCGGAGGACGGACGCGAGCCCCCCGGCGGCGUGCGCCCUUGCACCACCCCGGACGGCGGCACGGGCGUCUGCGACGACCUCAGCACCUGCCCGCAGCUGCUGCUCGACCUCGCCAACCUGCGCCAGUCCAUCUGCUUCAAGAGCCUCUUCGUGCCCGGCGUAUGCUGCCCCGCCGGCCGCCCGCAGGACGUCACAAGUAGUGUGUUGUUGUGUUGCGCAGACUGCGGCCAGCCCGAGGUGCCCAAGUUCCGCGUGGUGGGCGGCGACGAGGCGCUGCCCGGCCGCUGGCCCUGGAUGGCGGCCAUCUUCCUGCACGGCCCGCGACGCACCGAGUUCUGGUGCGGGGGCUCCCUCAUCAGCAGCCGGCACGUGCUCACCGCCGCGCACUGCACCCGCGACACGCGCCAGCGACCGUUCAGCGCGCGCCAGUUCACCGUGCGGCUGGGCGACGUCGACCUGAAGCGCGAGGACGAGCCCAGCAGCCCUGUGACGCACCAGGUGGUGGAGGUGCGCGCGCACCCGCAGUUCUCGCGCGUCGGCUUCUACAACGACAUCGCCGUGCUCGUGCUCGACCGGCCCGCCCGCCGCUCCAAGUACGUCGUGCCGCUGUGCCUGCCAUCGGCCCGGAUGCGCUCCGACACCUUCGCCGGCGCCCGUCCCACCGUCGUCGGCUGGGGCACCACCUACUACGGCGGCAAGGAGAGCACGGUGCAGCGGCAGGCCGAGCUGCCCGUCUGGCGCAACGAGGACUGCAACCGCGCCUACUUCCAGCCCAUCACCGAGAACUUCAUCUGCGCCGGCUACUCGGAGGGUGGCAAGGAUGCGUGCCAGGGUGACUCGGGCGGGCCGCUUAUGCUCAAGAGGGAGGGCCACUGGUACCAGGUGGGCAUCGUGUCGUUCGGCAACAAGUGCGGCGAGCCCGGAUACCCCGGCGUGUACACUAGGGUGACGCAGUACCACGACUGGAUCCGGGAAAACACCCUCAACUAGUCUCCGCCCUAGGUGCUUUUUUUGCGUAAUUUAUUUCUCUUUUUUCUCGUUGUUGUAUCGUAUGUGUGAUGCAAUUUAAUUUAUGAAAGGAUCCCGCUCGUUUAUUCUAUUUUACUUUUUGUUUGUAAAAUUGAAUAUUGAUGAUUGAGAGAGCGACUUCUUUGUAUCCAGUGAUAACGUGACUGACUGUUUAGUUUUGUUGAGUCCAAAAGUGGGAUUCGCACAAGUCUGGUGAUCAGACGAGAGCCUGCGUUGGCCGUCCAGAGUCUUCCCCUCACGCGCCAAACUCGAAAAAAAUACCUUCUUGCCCUGUAAGACUCUAAAACUAUUGUUAUUUAUUGAACAAUUUUAAAAGUGAUUUAAUCGUCAUUCCUAUUGUAGGCAUUAUAUGCCAACCUCUUUGUACAUCGUGUUAGAAUAAAUGAUUAUUUUUGAAUUA